AUGGCAGACAAAUCCGAUGAGGACGUCCAGGAAAGACUAAAGGCUGCGUUGUGGUUCGCAGUUGGCAAAAUGGUGGACGAGGAGACGCUGCGUAGAAACCGCAACGUGACUCCCCAGUUCAUCGGAGCUUUGACAGAAAUGGUUUGGACCCAAAUCGAAAAUGUAGCUCUGGACCUGGAGAGCUUUAGUCGACACGCAGGGCGCUCAACCGUCACCACCGACGAUGUCCUGCUGCUCGCUAGGAGGAACGGGGAUCUACACAACAUUAUCAAGGAUUUUGUAGACAAAGAAAAGGCUGCAAAGGCAAAAGGGAAAUCUAAAUGA